UGAUGCAGCCCAACCAACGGUUACAACUUAACCGUCAUAGUAACCUAUGUUUCCUUUUUCGACUUGGGCUUUCUUUCCUUUUUUUCUAAUUACUAUUAGGUUAAGGAUUUUCCAUUACUAUGUUGCUUAUGAUUUUCUAGACAUUAUAAAUAGGGAUUGUAUUCAUUACUUAGAGACACGAUUUUGAUAAUAAGAAUUAUAAGGUUUUGACUUUUAAAGAGCUUUGCAAAAGCACUGCGAAGAGUAUUCGCGUUCUAUCCAUCUUGUUUUCGAGUUACCUUCGAACACAAGUUAACGGUUUUAAGAUCAAACCCUUGAUCUUUGAAUCACAUAGCUUCCGCUCUCUAUCAGUUGGUAUCAGAUUCAGAACGUUUCGGGAAGAAUUCGCGUUUUUCAAUGACAAAGAAAACGGGAACCGGAAGUGGCGACCUCGAGGGAACCACGUUGGAAUGGACUGAGUUACGAACCGUACUUGUUGAGAUGCAGACGGCGAACACCGCCUCUAUCCAGCAAUUAGGUGACACGGUAGGCACACUAGCCGCUCGCAUUGAAGCCUUAACAACUGCCUUAACCGCUCGUUUGGAUCCACAAGCCCAACCAGUCGCGCAAGGCCAACCUCAACAUCCGCUUCACCUUCCACCACCACCUCUUCACCGUCCACAUCAACAACAGAUCCAUCCACCGCAGCAGCACCAUCCUCGCGCUCCACCACAACACCAACAACAACAACACCUACACCAACGACAUAAUAUUCCCGCAGAAGAAGAAGCUGACCUCCAUCGAAGGGUGUAUUUUGAGGAUCUCCAUCAAAGACACAACUAUGAUGACCGCUGGGAAAAGAGCUUUCGGGUUGAUAUUCCAGAGUUUCACGGAGGUCUCCGCGGCGACGAACUUAUCGAUUGGUUGGUAUCAGUAGAAGAAAUCAUGGAGUUUAAGCAGGUACCAUUAGACCGUCGUGUUCCUUUAGUAGCCAUGCGUUUCCGAGGCCAUGCAGCAACUUGGUGGAAACAACUAAAGCUGACAAGAUCACGUACGGGCAAGGCACCAAUUCAAUCAUGGGAUAAGUUAACAAAACACCUACGUCAAACGUUUCUACCGCACAAUUACGAGAGAACAAUGUAUACGAAGCUUCAAAAUUUGCGGCAAGGAAAUCGUAGUGUAGACGACUACGCAGAGGAAUUUGCUUUGUUAUUAACUCGUAACGAGAUUAAUGACAGCCAAGUUCAGCUUGUUUCUCGUUUCAUUGGAGGCUUACGUCCACAACUCCAAACUUCAAUGGCUCAGUUCGAUCCAACCACAGUGGGAGAAGCACACCGACGCGCCGCUUCAUUUGAACAGCAGACUCGUUCAUCUAACUGGUCUCAAUCUUCUACUCGUGGUCGUUCUCAAGACCAACCGGGUAGAAGCACGUCAGCCACACCAACAAAGGAGGAGAGCGACACCACAAAUCCGGGAACAAAACCACCGGGACAUGAUGAACAACAACUCCGCCGUUCAGCGCGUCUCAAUGCUAUUAAGUGUUACGCUUGUGGAGAGACAGGUCACAGACAGUCAGCGUGUCCUCAUGCGACACGCCGAGGGUUACUAAUCGAUGAGACUAUCGAAGAACAGGACGUCUAUGACUCUCAAGAUGACAAUGACCAGCUCGACGAAGAGAUCCAUCACACCACCGGCGAUACGGGACACUUACUCGUCGUCCGCAGAACUUGUCUUGCACCUCGUCGUCAUGAUGAAAAGUGGCUUCGAACAAAUAUCUUUCGCUCCACCUGCACGAUCAACGACCGUGUCUGCAGCUUUGUGAUCGAUUCCGGCAGCAGCAAAAACGUUAUCUCAGAAGAGGCAGUCGACAAGUUGGGACUCGUUCGUAAAACACAUCCCGCGCCUUACACUCUAGGAUGGCUUAACGACAAAGUAAACAUCCGUAUAUCUCAACGAGCAAUUGUUUCAUUCUCUAUCGGACCACAUUAUAAGGAUCGCAUAUAUUGUGAUGUGGCUCCAAUGGAUAUAAGCCACUUAUUGUUAGGAAGACCAUGGGAGUUCGAUCGUGACAUUAUCCAUUACGGUGCCGAGAACACUUAUCAAUUCACGUGGAACACUCAUAAGAUUCUCCUUAUUCCAUCCAAGGACUCUCCUCCGCCUUCCCCGACCUCCACCUUGCCAUCGCCGGCCUCAUCAUCAACGCCAAAAAAGCCAUCUCUCAUAUGCUCGUAUGAAGCGUUCAGGUCCGAAAUGAGUACGGAAGAAGUGGCUUUUGCUCUGGUCCCAACUACGACCUCACCUCUUUCUUCCAUCGCUAUUCACCCAGACAUUGCAUCAGUGUUAACAGAGUUUCUAGAUGUCUUUCCAACGGACCUACCUAGUUCUUUACCACCAUUGAGAGACAUUCAACACCAUAUCGAUCUAGUUCCAGGGGCAACUCUACCUAACCGUCCUCACUACAGGAUGAGUCCUGACGAACACGAAGAACUACGUCGACAAGUGGAGGAGUUGCUUCGAAAAGGUCACAUUCGUGAGAGCUUAUCUCCUUGUGCGGUUCCCGCCCUUCUCAUUCCAAAAAAAGAUGGAUCUUGGCGUAUGUGUGUCGAUAGAAGAGCCAUCAACAAGAUCACUGUGCGUUACCGUUUUCCGAUACCACGGCUCGAUGAUCUUUUAGACCAAAUCGGAUCAGCAUCAAUAUUCUCAAAAAUUGAUCUUAAAAGCGGUUAUCAUCAAAUAAGGAUCCGACCAGGAGAUGAAUGGAAGACAGCUUUUAAGACCCGCGAAGGAUUAUUCGAAUGGCUCGUCAUGCCUUUCGGAUUGUCUAACGCACCAAGUACUUUCAUGCGAAUCAUGAACCAGUCACUACGGCCGUUUAUUGGGAAAUUUGUUGUCGUCUACUUCGACGACAUUCUAAUCUUUAGCUCUUCCAUGGAAGAACAUCUUACUCAUAUUCGUGACGUCCUGCAUGUUCUUCGGCGUGAUCAACUUUUUGCGGCAAAGCAAAAAUGCGAGUUCGGUGUUCCUGAGGUUUUAUUCUUGGGAUACGUCGUAUCUGGUAAAGGAUUGGCAAUGGACCAAUCCAAAGUGGAAGCAGUCCGUUCUUGGCCAAUCCCAAAAACCGUCUGAGAAGUUCGAAGUUUCCAUGGUCUAGCUUCAUUUUAUCGGCGGUUCGUGGAUCACUUUAGUACCAUUAUGGCACCGAUAACUACUUGUAUGAAAGAAGGCAAACUUCAAUGGUCCCUGGAGGCAACCAAAGCUUUCGAACUAAUCAAAGCUAAACUGACAACCGCACCUAUUCUCGUGUUACCCGACUUCAACGAGACAUUUGAGUUGCAUAGUGACGCGUCUAAGCUGGGCAUUGGAGCUGUUCUCAGUCAACGAGGACGACCUAUAGCCUAUUUUAGUGAGAAACUGGCGGGUGCUUGCUCACGUUACAGCACUUACGAUGUGGAAUUCUAUGCGAUCGUCCAGGCUAUCAAACAUUGGCGUCAUUAUUUGGUGCAUCGAGAGUUUAUUCUUUUCACAGAUCAUGAUUUGCGUCAUCUAGAUAGCCAAGCCAAAGUCUCGGCCCGCCAUGCGUCGUGGAUCGCCUACCUACAGCAGUUCACGUUUUCAAUUCGCCACCAGUCGGGCAAGACGAAUCGUGUAGCAGAUGCUCUCAGUCGGCGUCACAGUGUACUUACGACAAUGCAAACAUCUGUUACUGGAUUUUCUUCUUUGGUUGAGCUAUAUCCGACGGACGUAUUCUUUGGUCGUGUGUUUGACGAAGCAACUAAUGGCGUUUCUAAAGAUUUUACUCUCCACGAUGGCUUUUUAUUCAAAGGUCUUUGUUUGUGCAUUCCAGAGAGUAGUUUACGGUUGAAGAUAAUUCAAGAACUUCACAAUGAAGGACAUGUUGGCCGCGAUCGUACUUUACAUCUUGCGUCUUCUUCGUAUUUUUGGCCUUCAAUGCGGCGUGACGUUGAGCGUUUUGUCAAAAGGUGUACCGUGUGCCAGCUAGGCAAGGGCAAAGCAUCCAACGCCGGUUUGUAUCUUCCUUUGCCUCUUCCCACACAACCUUGGACUUCGAUAAGCAUGGAUUUUGUUCUUGGUUUACCGCGCACUCAGCGUGGGAAUGAUUCCAUCUUCGUUGUCGACGACCGCUUCUCAAAAAUGGCUCGUUUUGUUCCCUGUAAGAAGACGUCUGAUGCGGUAAACAUUGCUGUCCUAUUCUUUCGGGAGAUUUACAAACUACACGGUCUUCCCCUUUCUAUAGUUUCCGACCGCGACACAAGAUUUCUCGGCCAUUUUUGGCGAUCUUUAUGGAAGCUCCUCGGUACUAGUCUCGAUAUGAGUUCAGCAUAUCAUCCACAAACUGAUGGUCAAACAGAAGUCACUAAUCGUUCUCUUGGCAAUCUUCUCCGUUGUUUGGUUGGCGACAAUAUUAAGAGUUGGGAUGCUAAGCUUUGUCAAGCUGAGUUUGCCCAUAAUCACGCACUCAAUCGGAGCUUGGGAUAUUGUCCUUUUCAGGUUGUGUAUGGAAUUGUUCCUCGAGCGCCGCUUGAUCUCGCUACCUUACCUGAUCAUACACGAUUACAUGGUGAGGCUGUCGACUUUGUGGAGGAUGUACAGAACAUCCAUCGUCAGGCUCUCGACCACUUGACAACAUCCACGGCUCGUUACAAACGUGAUGCGGAUAAAAAGCGACGCGAGCUCAUUUUCGAACCAGGUGCGCUUGUUUGGGUGGUCUUAACCAAGGAACGUUUUCCCGCAGGGGAAUACAAUAAACUCAAGUCUCGCAAGAUCGGCCCUGUCGAGGUUAUUGAACGUAUCAACCCUAAUGCAUACCGCGUUCGUCUCCCGUCUCAUCUUCGUACCUCUGAUGUUUUCAAUGUCAAGCAUCUGUCCCCUUAUCAUGGUGACAAUACCGGUGCAGAUUCGUGGGCGAAUCCUUCCAACCCGGCGGGACCUGAUGCAGCCCAACCGACAGUUACAACUUAACCGUCAUAGUAACCUAUGUUUCCUUUUUCGACUUGGGCUUUCUUUCCUUUUUUUUCUAAUUACUAUUAGGUUAAGGAUUUUCCAUUACUAUGUUGCUUAUGAUUUUCUAGACAUUAUAAAUAGGGAUUGUAUUCAUUACUUAGAGACACGAUUUUGAUAAUAAGAAUUAUAAGGUUUUGACUUUUAAAGAGCUUUGCAAAAGCACUGCGAAGAGUAUUCGCGUUCUAUCCAUCUUGUUUUCGAGUUACCUUCGAACACAAGUUAACGGUUUUAAGAUCAAACCCUUGAUCUUUGAAUCACAUAGCUUCCGCUCU